AUGAAAUCAGGAAACCCCAUAAUCCCAGGCUGGUACGCCGACCCGGAAGCCCGCAUCUUCGACUCCAACUAUUGGAUCUUCCCAACCUACUCCGCCGCCUACGAAACCCAAACCUUCUUCGACGCCUUUUUCUCCCCCGACCUCCUCACCUGGACCAAACACCCCCGCAUUUUGGACUUCGGGGGGAUCCCCUGGUCCACGAAUCGGGCUGCGUGGGCGCCGAGUGUGAUUCGUCGGCCUGCUUCGCCCAAACCCAAUGACAGGGAGCAUGGGCAUGAGUAUGAUUACUUCAUGUACUUCUCCGCCGGCGACGGGGCAGGGAUCGGGGUUGCGAAAUCAACAACGGGACGGCCUGAGGGUCCCUAUGCGGAUGUUCUGGGAAAACCGCUAGUCCCGACCACGGUGUUUGGGGCGGAGCCGAUCGACGCGCAGGUGUUUAUUGAUGAUGAUGAGCGUGUGUGGUUGUAUUUCGGGGGGUGGAGCCAUGCGGUGGUGGUGGAGUUGGAGAGUGAUAUGGUGAGUUUGAAGGGGGAGUAUUUGGAAAUAACCCCCAAAGGGUAUGGAGGGGUGUAUUAUUUUAUGUUUAGUGUGGGAGGAUGGGGAGAUGACUCCUACGGGGUGAGUUAUGUUACCGGGGAGUCGCCUACGGGUCCGUUUACCACAGAGCCUGUCAAGAUCCUCUCUGGGAAUGCGACGGUCGGCACCGGGACGGGCCAUAAUAGUGUGAUUACACCAGAUGGAAAGGAGUACUAUAUCGUCUACCAUCGGCGGCCGGUGAAUGACACCGAGCGCGAUCACCGCGUGGUCUGUAUUGAUCGGAUGGAGUUUGAUGCUGACGGGAAUAUCCUGCCUGUGGUGAUUACGACCGAGGGAGUAGAUGCAAGGGCAUUGAAUCAGCCAAAGGCUGUCUAG